CUUACAGGGUUCGUUUCUCUUUCUACUUGAAUUGUAUGCUGAAGGUUUGCAAUCGGCUUCAUUUUUGGACUCAAGCCUCCGCGUUUGGAUUCUUUGAUGGGCUGUCUACCAGCAAAGCAAGUGGGUCGUUCGACAGAUUCCUUGAAUCCACGGGAAGCUGUCGCUCUUGCAGCUGAAACAUCUUUUACUGUGAAUGAAGUUGAGGCAUUAUACGAUCUCUUCAGGAAAUUAAGUAAUUCAAUAAUCAAAGAUGGUCUGAUUCACAAGGAAGAAUUCCAUCUUGCUCUCUUUAGGAACAACAAGAAAAAUCUGUUUGCUGAUAGGGUGUUUGACUUGUUUGAUCAAAAAGGAAAUGGUGUCAUAGAAUUUGGUGAAUUUGUUCGAUCUCUUAGCGUGUUUCAUCCAGAUGCACCUGAAGAACAGAAAGCUGGAUUUGCAUUUAAGUUGUAUGACUUAAGACAGACAGGAUUUAUUGAACGGCAUGAGUUGAAGGAGAUGGUGUUGGCUCUUUUGGAUGAAUCAGAUUUGAAUAUUACAAGUGAUGCGGUCGAGAUGAUUGUAGAUAGGACAUUUGACCAGGCUGACACAAAAGGCGACGAGAGAAUAGACCAGGAGGAGUGGAAUGAGUUUGUCAAAAAUAAUCCAUAUGUGCUGCGGAAUAUGACCCUCCCAUACCUCAAGGACAUCACUAUGGUAUUCCCAAGUUUUGUGAUUCACUCAGAAGUCACUGAAGCAGACAUGAUUGCCUAA